AAAUUGCUACCUAAAUAUGGCCCUACAUUUCACAUGGUCUAGGUGCAUCACAAACGUUCAAUUUUUUUUGGCCUUCGUGUCCCUCCCCGGCUCUCCCCUCCUACUAUAUAUUAAGCCAUUUAUCUAAUAAGGUACUUUGUAGUAAUAAAAAAUUCUUUUCCUAGAACAGCAAGUGCUUACCUUUUUCUAUUCCAUGGCUAUUCCUACCCAGCUGGUCAUCCUUCCUGGGUUGAAUCAGGUUGGAAGUAAUAACCGUUCCUCGACAGCACAAGAAAGUGCAGCAGCCAGUUCCCCAGCAUCUCAUGCAACAUCUAAAACUCACUGUGGACAACGGAAUGGGUGUAACCAGCAGAAACGAAGGGCUCGUAGAAAGAUGGAAAAUCGAUUAGAAGAGCAGAGCAGAGACAGUGGGGACAAGAAGCUGAAGCUCCAUGGAAAGCGCAAGAAUUGGGCAAGGGAACUUACACGUUCAGGGAUUCGGUACCUGACAUCUCCCAUAAGCUACAUCCUGAGGAAGGCCAGAGCAUUUUACAAUGAUUUCUGCUGUGAUAGCUACAAUGACCGAAUCUGGGGAAACGAAGCGAUGCUGUUGGCUAAUCCUUAUUUCUCAAUCCCUGUUAUUCCCCCACCCAGCGUUGCUCAAGUUAUGUAGCGUAUUUCAAAAGCAUGAGGGCGAGGUAUAAGAACUGUUAGGCUGGUAUCCAACUAAAAAUAAGUACUCCAUAAAAAUUUCUAUUGAUGAUGAGUUGUCAGUAUAUGUAAAAUAAUAUUUUUAGUAGUAA